ACUCAACCGUAUCUUUGAGUCCAGUCCCAUGCGUCCACUUUGGCUGGCUGGCACCUCGAUCUCAGUGCUAGUCGUCCAUCGUGAGAGAACAACAAGCAGCAGAAGAUGAGAUGAGGGGAUGGGGCUCAGUAACCCCAUGGCAAAGGUUUCUUCUUGUGUUCACUCCUCUUGCGGUAUGGCAUAUUCUGUUCUACCCAAUCGAUGAUAAAGUUGCUACCACUAUUAAUAUCCAAUUAUCCAACAACAGCAAGAAGAAUGAGGAUGUGGUUCCCAACGAACACACUGAGCCACUGGUAUUUCAGGAGGGACAAAUUCGAGGUGCUGCCAUGAUGUUGGUUUCCAAGCCUUGGACGAAUCGACGUGGGGAUCGACAGUGUUAUUUCAACAAGAGCAUGGACGAUUUGGCCCGAAACUGGUUUCCCACAAACCCCUACCCCAUUAUUCUGCAACACCCCAAGGGUUGGACUGCCACCGAAAUCAAGGAUAUUCGUCAGAGAUGGCCUCAAUUACAAAUCUACUUUUCCCAACCAUCCUUUCGCAAAUUGAAACCUCCCAAACUCAUGCAAGAUGACGAAAAACCACUCUCGUCGUUGGGAUACAAGAAAAUGUGCGCCUUUAAGACCUACGGUAUCAAGGAGGCUCCCUACAUUCGCACCCGUCAACUCGAUUAUUUGUUUUAUAUCGACGACGACGCCUGUGUCACAGAACCCAUACAAUACGAUGUCUUUGCAACUAUGCAACAACACAAGAUUGCCUACACUUACAAACAGAUAUUUACCGAUCCCGAAAAUGUCGUUCACGGCUUGCCCGACUUUGUGCAGGAGUACAAGCGCCAACACAACAACUUGCAGCCGGCCAAUCCAACCUUGGAAGCAUUCGUAUUGGACCACCAAAAGGAUGGAUCACAAUGGGCAUUCUCGACCAAUUUGGAAUGGCUAGAUGUACAAGAAUUCUUCUUUCGACGACCCGACAUUGUCGAAUUUUAUCGCGUUCUGCAAGAGUCGGGCAUGAUUUUUCAUCGACGAUGGGGAGAUGCACCUUUGCGCUUUGUCAUGGCCUAUCUCUUUUUUCACAAUUCCCAAGUCAUGAGACUAUGUUCCGAAUAUGUCCAUUCCGGAUGGCCUACCGCUGUGUCCACGUGCACGGAUCCACAACAACAAACACCCACAAUUCAAGAUGCUGUACUUCAGCAGUUGAAGGAUUGUGUCGCCACUUGUAAUUGAUUUGAUAAUUGACAUGGAUCUUGGUAGUCGGUGUGGAGAGCUCCAUUCCGAAUUACUAUUGGACGUGGCCAAUGGACGUCAACAAUAAUUGCCCGAGCCCGUCAAUAGAUGGAAUACACAUGCUAAUCGGUAGAGCAUUGUUCAAUACUGGUACAUUUGCUUAACUGGUCAAGCGAUUCCAAAAACUCGGACAGAAACACCGCACCGAGCGCCCAAACAAGGGCAACCGGGAGACAGUUCGUUGCUCCUGUGCAAAACAUACUUAUCGUUUGCGUUCUCUGCCGCUGGACCCCAAUUCAUCCCACAGAGGCCGUCAUCGUGAGAGGUAGCGCUCAAAUGUCAGGGGAAGCCAAAGCUUUUACUUUGCUGUUUUAUUAAUUUGAACUAUUGUACUAUCUUUUUCCUUGGUGCC